AUGGACACUUUGAAAAGUCACAUGCAGAAGCUCAAUGGAAUUACUUCCGAAGAUAACAGACCCGAGCUCUUUAUGAUUGGAGAUUUUAUGGGAUACUACAUUACAGUAAUGACACAGACUAAGGUUCAAUCUAUCUUAGCCAUGCCUGAAGUCAUGCUUAUGGAAGCACCGGUUAAAAUGAUGACACAACGUAGUCAAUGCCAAGAACAGGAUCUACCUACCGAUGGCGAAGGCCAGCAACCAUUUUUCAACUUGGAGGCUGUAAGCAAACGAUCCGAAAGGGAGUUCAACAACAGCUACCGUUUUCCAGUCGCUGAUGAUGGUGACACUGGAGUUGAUUUGUAUAUCAUCGACACAGGAAUUGAUAUUACUCACUCGGACUUCGAAAAUAGGGCGGUAUUCGGGUUUGAUGCCACCGACGAACCAGAGAUCGUGAAUGGGCACGGAACAAAUGUAGCAGGGUUUGCCAUGGCCGCCAUGUUCGGAACAUCCAAGCAAAGCAAUGCUAUCGCUGUUAAAGCUCUAGCCGGAGAGGAUGGAGUUGGAAACACAGCAAUAACCAUUCGAGCUCUGCAAUACGUGGCGGGUGCAAGGGAUACAAGUAGACAGACGGUCAUCAACAUGAGCCUGGGCGGUGGUCGUAGUGAAACGCUGAACAACGCUGUUAACGCUGCUGUGAGAGCUGGCAUGCAUAUAGUAGUAGCCGCUGGCAAUUCCAAUGAAGACGCCUGCGAAACAUCGCCUGCAAGUGCUGAGCUAGCCAUCACCGUGGGUGCCUCAAAUGCGAACUAUCAGCGCGCAGGCUUCAGUAACUUUGGAGAGUGUGUUGACUUGUUCGCCCCUGGACAGAGCAUUUUCUCCACCGCGCCCGACGAACGAGUCAUUCGUGGUUCAGGAACUUCAUAUUCAUCACCCAUGGUCGCCGGUCUGUUAGUCAACCUACUGUCAUCCUUCCCAGAUAUGACCCCCGCAGAGGCACAGCAGCGUCUGAUUGACGACGCGACAGUCGGCGCACUAAGCGAGCCCCUCCCAGCAGCAACUAUACACACCACCAGCUCAAGUACCGUACUAGAUGAUGCUGAUAUCGACAAUCCAUACUUAUCGUCCUAUUCAACUGCUGCUAUAAUUCCUCAGGCAACCCCAGCACCCACUGCAAGCAAUUCGCCCGCCGCUUCACCCAAAGCGACACGGCCGCCAGCGGCUUCACCCAGCAACUCACCAGCUACUACACCCAGCAACUCACCAGCGGCUACACCCAGCUACUCACCAGCGGCUACGCCCAGCAACUCACCAGCUGCUACGCCCAGCAACUUACCAACUGCAACACCCAGCAACUCACCAGCUGCUACGCCCAGCAACUCACCAGCUGCUACGCCCAGCAACUCACCAGCUGCUACGCCCAGCAACUCACCAGCUGCUACGCCCAGCAACUCACCACCGUGCAACUCACAUGCCGCUACACCCAGCAAUCCACCAGCUGCUACACCCAGCAACCCACCAGCUGCUACACCCAGCAACUCACCAGCUGCUACACCCAGCAACUCACCAGCGGCUACACCUAGCAACUCACCAGCUGCUACGCCCAGCAACUCACCAGCUGCUACGCCCAGCAACUCACCAGCGGCUACACCCAGCAACUCACCAGCUGCUAUACCUUCACCGACCGGCGAGCCCUCGCUGUCACCUGCACCUUCUCUUACACCCGAAGCUACUAUGACGACCACAACGACGGAGGAUAUGACUGAAACCAACAUAGAAACCGGUACGCCAGUCCCCACUCCGUGUCAUAGUGCAAUCGCAAGUCCUAGUCCUAAUUUUAUUGUCACUGCAAUACCCAGUACUAGUCCAAGUUGUAGUCCAGCGCCGAUUGAGUUCCCGGGAGAAGAUGGCGAUGGUUUCCCUGGAGAGGAUGACAGUGACUUCCCAGGGGACAAGGACAGCGGAGAUGGUAGUGAUGAUUUCCCUGGAGACAAUGAAGAUGGUUCCCCUGGGGAAGAAGACAGUGAUGUCCCAGGGCACGACGACGGUGAUUCGGAGGACAACGACAAUGAUGUCCCAGGACACGACGACGGUGAUUCAGGCGGCGAUGACAAUGAUGUCCCAGGGCACGACGACGGUGAUUCAGAGGACGACGACAAUGAUGUCCCAGGGCACGACGACGGGGAUUCAGGCGACGACGACAAUGAUGUCCCAGGGCACGACGACGGGCACGACGACGGUGAUUCAGAGGACGACGACAAUGAUGUCCCAGGGCACGACGACGGUGAUUCGGGCGACAACGACAGUGAUGUCCCAGGACACGACGACGGUGAUUCAGGCGACGACGACAGUGAUGUCCCAGGACACGACGACGGGGAUUCAGGCGACGACGACAAUGAUGUCCCAGGGCACGACGACGGGGAUUCAGGCGAUGACGACAGUGAUGUCCCAGGACACGACGUCGGUGAUGUCUCAGGGCACGACGACAGUGAUGUCCAUGGGGACGAAAACAGUGGUUUCCCAGGAGAAGGAGAAGACAGUGAAUUCCCAGGAGAAGAAGACGGUGGUUCACCUGGUGAAUAUGACAGUGAAUUCCCUGGUGAAGACGAUGAUGAAUUCCCUGGUGAGAAUGGAAGCGGUAGUGGAAGCUAUGCUGACGGGGGUAGCACCGAUACGGACUCAGAGAAUGAUAGUUUACCCGGGCAGCCAUACAACUCUAACGACUGGAAAGGCGGGAAUGCGAAGAGCUGGAACAGUGACGGAUACUGGACGACCAAUACGGGCGAAAGCACUACAGCCCCCACUUCCAACUCUGACUCCGCUGCUGUUACAACGGGGAGAUCAAAUCAGAAAGCUCUGAGUAGUGGGAUUGGUGCAGUUGGCGAAGCAGAUGAGAACUCAGCGAGCCAGGCCAGUGGAGAUGACAGCAACACGUCAGUCAUAAUUGGUAUGUCCAGCAUGUGA